AUGGCGCACCCAGGCACCGCCCACAAAUACACCAAAGGCCUCAUCGCCUUCGAACACGCCUCCACGCACCCUUCGUCCUCCUACAACACCAUCCUCUGGAUAGGCGGUCUUACAGACGGCCUCCUCACGGUUCCGUACCCCUCGCUCAUCGCGUCCUCCCUCCCACCAACCUGGUCUCUCGCCGAAGUCCUCCUCACCUCCUCCUACAGCGGCUGGGGCACCGGCAGCCUAGCGCGCGACGCGACUGAACUAGGGGAAUGCGUGGCAUAUUUUAAGAAAAUGCGGCCGGAGAGGAGAAUUGUGCUUAUGGGGCAUUCGACAGGCUGUCAGGAUAUCAUGGAAUACUUGCUUGGAAAGGGAGCAGAGGGAAGGCACAAAGUAGACGGCAUAAUACUACAGGGAGGUGUUAGUGACAGGGAGGCUUGGGAAGAUUAUUACAAAGAAGGGGAGAGGAGGAAACAGCUCGACAACGCGAUUGCGACGGCGAAGGUCAUGAUUGACACGGGGAAGGGGGAGGAGGUUUUAUCGCCGGAAAGCAAUCCCGUCUUCAAAGAUAUGGGCGGCCCCCUGAACGCCUACCGCGCAUACUCCCUGCUCGCCAAAGGCGGCGACGACGACUACUUUUCCAGCGACCUUUCCGACGAACACUUCGCAACAACGUUCGGCCGCAUACCACCAACAACACCCGUCUGCUUCCUCCUCGGCUCCGAUGACCCCUACGUCCCCGGGAGCAUCGACCGCGCAGCCCUCCUCCAACGCUGGACGAGAAUAAUACGGGAAAACGGCGGUGUUGUGGAUGAUCAAGAUGGGGGUGUGAUACCGGGUGCACAUCAUAAUCUUGAUGGGGAUCCGGAGGAGGUUGUGCAGGAUCUUGUGAGGAGGGUUGUUGGGUUUGUUACGGGUUUGGACGAUAAGACUAGGUCGUGGCAUGCGUAG